AUGGCAGCAGAGCGCUCGGCCCCCAGCUGCACCUCCUACGGCUAUGCCGUGAGGGCGUGCGAGCAGCUGACCCAGUGGGGGCAUGCGAUGCAACUGCUGGAAGACAUGGGGCAACAGAAGAUUGAGGCGGAGGGAGCUGUCACCUGCAGCGCUCUUUCUGCCUGCGCCAAGGCCCAGGAAUUAGGGCAAAGCACGUCGCUGCUGGGGCGCAUGCGAAGCAGUGCGUUGCAAGGCGACACCAUCUCCUGCAGCGCUGCAGUCAGUGCAUGCUCUCGUGCCGGCUUAUGGCAACCAGCCCUGGAGUUGCUCGACUUUAUGGCUGCCACGGAGGUUCCGCGGAACAUCAUCACCUUCAGCGCUGCCAUCUCCUCUUGCGCAAAGGCUGGGGUGUGGGUUCAGGCCCUGAUUCUCCUCGAGGAGAUGUCUUGCUGCGACGUGGCGCGCGACACCAUCAGCUGCAGCGCGGCCAUCAGCGCCUGCGGGAAGGCCGGCCAGUGGACUGCAGCCUUGGAUAUCCUUGCAAGCAUGCCCGGCCUCAGGGUGGUGGCCGACGCAGUCGCCCUGAGUUCCACUGUCAGUGCGCUGGAGAAGGGGGAACAGUGGGAGCGUGGGUUGGCCCUGCUCUUCGCAAGCGCAAAUGCAGGUGUGGAAAUCAACUGUAUCGGCCUCUCAGCGGCCAUCUCUGCAUGCGAGAAGGCUGGGCAAUGGGAAGUGGCUUGUCAGGUCUUAGGCUACUCGGUCAUGGCCCAGAUCAAGGUUGACAUUGUUGCAUACAGCGCGGCCGUUGCGGCCUGCUCUCGGGCGGGGGAAUGGCAGACAGCUCUGAGGCUGUUGGGGAAGAUGGGCUCAGAGCGAAUUCGAAAGGACACCGCAGCAUGCACAGCGGCGAUCACUGCAUGCACGAACUCUGCCGAGUGGAGCCGCGCACUUUCUCUACUCGGAUCAAUGCUUGCGGAGCUCCUGGCUCCAUCUGUGCUCACUUACAGCGCGGUGCUGAGUGCCUGUGAUCUCGGGGAGCGAUGGGAGGAAGCCUUGAUCGUGCUGAAGGACAUGGAGACACGCACUGUGGCCACAGAUGGUGUGCACGUGGGUUCUGCGAUCAGUGCUUCUCAGAAAAGGCGCGGGCGUCCGGCUGCAAUCCGGCUUCUCAAAGCCCUGCGCUCGGAAUGGCGCGCUCCCAUGCCAGAGUCCCGGGAUGCCAACACGGAAGGUUUGGAGGUGAUUCUACGGCAUCCUGGGCUUUUGGUCCUCAACAAGCCAGCGGGCGUGCGGACGGAGGAUGUGCUGGACUUUUUGGCCCGCCGUGGCCCUGUCACCGAGAUGUCUCGCCUGGACGUCCCUACCUCGGGCGUGCUGCCAGUCGCUCUGGGAGCAGAGGGUAUGUCAGGCCCCAAGUGGUACAAGGCGCAGUUCGCAGGCCGCCUCGCAAGGAAGGAAUACCACUGCCUCUGUCAUGGUGAACUGCAGCCUGCCUUGGGCGAGCAGCGGGUGGAGCUGCCCCUGCGGGUGGUGCCCUCCGGCCCGGGCACGGCGCGCACGGCGGUGGACGCAGUGUUGGGCCGCGAGGCGCUGACCUGCUACGAGGCCCUGGCCACCUACACCUGCGAUGGGCAGGUUUGGUCACUGGUCCGUGCUCGGCCGAAGACAGGACGAAUGCACCAGAUCCGCGUGCACUUGGCGAGCGUGGGCCUGCCUUUGGUGGGGGAUCGAGUUUAUGGGCUGCAAAGGCCAUCCUGGUGUCACCGCUUGUUCCUGCACUGCUAUUCCUUGACGCUUCUUGGCUGGGAUGGGAAGGAGCUCAACAUCGUUGCCCCGCUUCCUGGGGAGCUCCAGGCAGCCCUGGAGCACGUGGAGCACUUGGCGCAACGCGCGUUGGGCACCCAAGACAGGGGCGAAAAAGAUGCAUCAAUGGCCUUUCGAGAUAUCUUGGGGACGCUGGCCCCCUCCCCCUCCUGCUGCGCUGACGAGGCCCACCCAUGCCGCGACCUGGCCACGCUCUCUUCUCACCCUCGGCUGGCCACGCGUUCCUUGGUGCAGCUGGGGGAUGCAAAGCGCUGGCCCGACGCGCUCUCGUUGCUGCAGAACCUCCGAGGAGAGGCGGCGGAGCUGGAUCAAAUCCAUCUCAGCGCAGCCAUCCGCGCCUGCAGCAAAGCAGGUGCUUGGGUCUCAGCACUGCAACUGCUGGAUGACAUGGUGGGCUGGCUGCUUGUGAAGGACUUGAAGUGCUUCGGGGCCGCGCUCAGCGCGUGUGACCAUGGCCGGCAGUGGCAGGCGGCCCUCGCGCUGCUCGCAUCCAUGGAGAGUGAAGGCAUUGCGCCGGGGCAGAUUGCAUACAACUGUGCGGUGAGUGCAUGUGAGCGCUCCGCCCAGUGGGCGCAAGCCUUGCAGCUCUUGGAGGACAUGCAGUCCAAGGAGGUGCCUUCCGACACCAUCACAUUCUGUUCGGCCAUCUGCUCUUGUGGCAAGGCGCAGCACUGGCCUCAUGUUCUGUGGUUGCUGCAACGCAUGGGCCAAAGGUCCAUCGAGAAGAGCACCAUACUCUGCAGCGCUGCCGUGAACGCGUGUGCGAAGGGCAGUCUCUGGUCCAUGGCCCUGAGCAUCAUAGGGUCCAUGGAAGGCGAAGGCAUUCAGAGGAACACCAUCACCUUCAACUCAGGAAUUUCUGCCUGUGAGAAGGGCGAAGAGUGGGAGCUGGCACUGGCGCUCUUGGCGCAGAUGCACGACUGUCAGGUGCGCUGCGACACCAUCACGUGCAGCGCGGCCAUUAGUGUGUGUGCAAGCACGGGUCAUUGGACGGCCGCAGUGGAUCUGCUCGGAGACAUGUUUUCGCAGCAAAUCUCAACAGAUGCUAUUGCCUACAGUGCAGCGAUCACCGCAUGUGGAAGGGGCGAGAAGUGGGAUCAUGCGCUGGCACUUCUGAGUGAUCUUUCAUCCUCGUCCCUUGAAGUUGGCAACAUCAGUUUUGCUGCGGCCAUCUCUGCUUGUGAACGAGCCGGACAGUGGACAGCUGCAUGUCAGGUCCUGGAGACAUUACUCAGCAUACACGUCCAUGUGGACAAUGUUCCCUUCAGUGCGGCCAUUGCGGCUUGCUCGCGUGCCGGGGAGUGGGAGAGGGCCCUGAUCUUGCUUCGCCAGAUGGAAGCAUGGAGCACAGGCAAAGAUACCGUGUCGUGCACGGCAGCCAUCAAAGCUUGUGCAACCUCCACUGCAUGGGAGGCCGCGCUGUUCCUUCUGGCAUCCAUGCUCGCGGAUCAGGUGGCGCCAGAUGUUGCCACCUACAGUGCGGUGCUGAGUGCCUGUGACCUUGGGGCGAGGUGGGAGGAGGCCCUAGCAGUCAUGCGGGGCAUGGACGUGCGAACGGUGGCCAUCGACGGCAUCCACGUCGGCUGCGCAGUCAGCGCGGCCUUGAAGAGAAGAGGCCGGCCAAGCGCCACGAUGCUGCUGAAGGCGCUGCGCGCCACCUGGCCCGACGUAGAUGCUGAAGUUAAGGUGCCUGCAGGCUCUCUGGGAGGUGUUGAGAUACUGUCUCAGCACCCGGGCCUGGUAGUUCUCAACAAGCCAGCGGGCAUGCUGACCGAAGAUGCGUUGUCGAGGACGCAACGCCUCAUGCAUCAUCCCGUCACGGCCAUGUCCCGCUUGGAUGUACCGACCAGUGGGCUACUCCCUGUGGCGCUGGGCUCGGAAGAGACGUCUGCCGGGAAAUGGUUCAAGGCCCAAUUUGCAAGCCGGUUGGUCCGAAAGCAGUACCUCUGCCUUUGUCACGGAGGUGUCGAUGAGGCCUUGGGCGAGCAGCGGGUGGAGCUGCCCCUGCGAGUGGUGCCCUCCGGCCCGGGCACGGCGCGCGCGGCGGUGGACACGGUGUUGGGCCGCCAGGCGCUGACAUGCUACGAGGCCCUGGCCACCUACGUGUGCGAUGGGCAGGUUUGGUCACUGGUCCGUGCUCGGCCGAAGACCGGACGAAUGCACCAGAUCCGCGUGCACUUGGCGAGCGUGGGCCUGCCUUUGGUGGGAGAUCGACAGUAUGGGCCGGAAUCGCCGCCCUGGUGCUCGCGUCUUUUUCUGCACUGUCAUCAGCUGGCGCUGCUGGGUUGGGAUGGUGAGGAACUGAGCAUCGUCGCCCCGCUCGCGCCGGAGCUACGAGCCGUCCUGGAGCACCUGGGCGGUGAGCACCAGUACAUUUGCGAAGAGUUGGCGACCCGUUGGCAGAUGUUCCGAGCUGCCACAGAAGCAGCUAAGAGGUCCCCUUCCCUAGAUGCUGAGUCCCUUGCCAACGAUGUCGUGAAGGACAUCGGCAUCGCGCCCCUGUCCAUGCGUGCCAGUAUCAUGAGCGAUGUGGUAGACGCAUGGACCUGCAGCAGUGCAAUUGCCGCAUGCGCUCGGACCGCGCGCUGGCAGAAGGGCCUGGAUUUGCUUUCGAGCCUGCAGCUCCGCACGCUGCAGGCCAACGUCGUAGUUUACAAUGCUACCAUGAACGCAUGCGCCCAAGGGCGGCAAUGGCAGCUGUCCUGGUUCUUGAUGACCGAACUUGCAGAGGGAUCCAUCCAAGCAACUUCCAUUACGUAUAACACGGCUCUCACUGCCUGUGAGAGAGCCUCCGCGUGGCAGCAGGCGCUCGAUGUGUUUUCAUCCUUCGCAGCCUUGCUUCUCGAAGUGAGUGUCACCACAUGCAACACCACAAUAAGCACUCUUGCGAAGGGUGGCCAGUGGCAGCUUGCUUUGGAGCUGAUUUUUGGCUUGCAUGCCAACUUGAAGCUGGACGUGAUUUCGAUGAAUGCAGCCAUCACUGGCUGCGGGCGAGGCAGGUCGUGGAAGCAGGCAAUGGCUGUUGUAGAGGCCUUGGGUGUCAGGUGGCUAGAGGCAGACCUCAUCUCCUACAAUGCAGCCCUCUCUGCUGUGGAGGGGUGUCAGACAUGGAGGUUAGGCUUUCGCAUUCUUGGCAAGCUGACCGAGAAGGGCCUGCGGGCUGAUGGGAUCACUCGGAGUUUGCUUGUGGAGACCUUCUCCAAGGCCCAAGAAUGGGCCCUGACCUUGCGUGUGCUGCAGAGCCGCCGGGCCGUCAAGGGGUUGCCGUCGGACAUUUUGCUUUGCAACCGCGCCCUUCUAGCGCCCCUAGGAAGCUGGCAGCAAACACUGGCCCUGUUGCGUUUAUUGCAGAAGAGCAGGGUGGAGCUUGACAUGCCGUCUUACAACGGAGUUGGUGCCGUGUGCUUGCGUGCAGAGCAGUGGCGACAGAGCCGUGAACUCCUGUUCAGUGUGCAAGCUGCAGGGUUGCGCCUCGAUGUCGUGGCCCAUAGCACCAUCGUGCACGUCGUGGGCGAGGAGCCUUGGCAAAGCGCGCUACAAGUCCUGCAGCAACUCCCGCGCAAAGAGCUCGAGGUUGCUGCAUCAUUGCAUGGAGCUGUUUGA